AUGACGCUAGGGUACUCGCGGAUCAUCCUGGCAGGAUUCGCUCUUUACUUCAUGAGUUAUCAUCCGAAGUACUGCACCAUCGCCUACGGCAUUUCGUGUCUGCUGGAUGCUGCAGACGGGCACGCAGCAAGGGCACUCGGGCAGACGUCAAAGUUUGGAGCGGUGCUGGACAUGGUCACGGAUCGCUGCACAACAUCAUUGUUGUUAUGCUACCUGUCAUCUGCGUACCCCGACCACAUUUGGGUGUUCCAGUGCCUCAUCACCCUUGAUUUCAGUAGCCACUAUAUGCACAUGUACAGCUCCCUUGUGACCGGCUCUCGCAGCCACAAGGCGGUCACCAGCGACGUCAGUCGGAUAUUGAAGCUCUACUAUGACCCUAGAACGUUAUUUGUGAUGUGCGCGGGAAACGAGAUGUUCUUUGUUGCCCUCUACUUGAUGAAGUGGGUCCAUACGCCACUAUCGACGUCACUCGGCAUGGAUGUCGGCCUUCUGUCUGGGUAUACAUGGCCAGAGGCGAUGGCAAUCGUGUGCUUCCCAAUCUGCGCGAUCAAGAACAUCGUCAACAUCGUGCAGCUAUGGAAGGCAUCCAAGAUCCUGGUCGGGGUAGACCUAGCGGAGCGGGCAAAGGCGCGAGAAGAGGAGACCCUGAGGGCGAAGAAGACUUGA